GAGUACAUUAGUGAGACGUCCACACAUUUCAAAGCUCACGAAAGAGGAACAUUUAAAUUGAAACGGCACUUUGAAAAGAGCGCGUUACACAUGCAGGAAACAACAAAGUAUGGUGAUCUUAAAACUGCACAUUGCUGACGACUGUAAACCAUGUUACGACAGUGCGACAGAACAAAACAUUCUUAAAACAAAAUUUUAUUAUAAAAAUUAAGUAAACAUAUUAUUGAAAUGGAAUCACUACAUGCUAAAAGGGUAGUUAGUUACGUUGUAUUUUUUGUUGGGUUGGUCAUGCUGGUUGUUGUUUGUCGGAGCGCGCGAUUCUGUUGUGUUUGUGUGUGUGUGUGCGUGUGUGCGCCGGUGGCGUGGGUGGGUCGUGAAAGGAGUGAGAGUUGUUUGGCCCCUGCUCAGGCUGCUGCUGUUCGAGAACAAAUCGGCAGUACGCUGUCUAAGUCGCAAGUAAGUCUGCCAGAUUUGCGCCCUCGGUGGGGCAGUGGGACGCCGCCCCAUGUCAGUUCAAGCCGUUACGAAGGACUGCGAUUGAGACGGCAUUGGCAAAUAUGGCUGAAAACAGUAUUCUACAGACUAAUUCGUCUGGCGGAAGGGAUGUAGUGACAACAUUCAUUCGAGUUUUGAAUUCAAGAAGCAGUUACAUGGCUUCUCAACUGUUCUCAGAAGACAUCAUUAUGGAAUGGUUUGGCCGGACUAUCAUUGGAAGAAACAAUGUCCUGAACUUUCUUUAUGACGAAGCCAUGGUUUCUAACCAUGACCUGAUAGAAGUCAAGAAGUCCAAACAAGCCAAUCCACCUCCUAGGGCACUUAAAAGGUUUCGCCAACCUCUGACACCAGAGAAAGAUGAAGACAUGCAUAACGACUCGGGGUUUGGCUCAGGUAUAUAUGAAAGUUGCGACUCCAGCUUCAGCAGCUCUGGUAGCUUAACUCCAAGUCAAAAUGUAGCAAUGGAUUUGUCAAGACUUCAUGUCACAAAGCUUAAAGAUGAUGGACUUGCCCUAGCGCCAUUGUGCAGAAACUUCAAAACACCAUCUAACACACGACUUCCUGCAAUCAAGCAUCCUCUUCUGAAGAAGCAGCCCAUGCUUCUCAAACGCCUAAAAGAAGUAGAUUUACCAACAAAUCUUGAGUUUGUUGAUGCAGCUGGAAUAUUAUAUUUCCGUGUUGAUGGUGACUUCUACAAUGCAGGGACGUCUUGGAGCAAGCCAUGCCACCUUCAAAUUGGUUACCAACGACGAGACUCUCCUGAAGACUUGCUAAUUUGUUUCUUAUUGUACAAUUCUGACAUGCCAUGUCGUCGCAACCUAUCUCAGGUAUUUGACCAGUGUGAAUAGUUGUUAAGUUUAACACAACCAAAUUUAAUCUGUAAUAGCAUUUUUUAAAAUAUCUUUUCUUUAAAUCUUAUAGUUUACCAAAUUUCUAAAGCUGUCAAAUUUAACUUGUGUUCUGUAAAGUUGAAUUUGUUCCUUGCUUCUUUUAAUUCUGUUGAUUGUGACUGUUGUUGUUUUAUAUUGGCUAGUUGUUUUCCUUUUGUAAUGUAUAGUGUCUUUUGAAAUUUGUUAAUUUGCUAAUUAGUCAUUCAUUUUAGUCGCAAAGCUUUAAAACUUGUGAGUAUGUUCCUUCUUGUCUUGUAGUUAAUGCGUUACUUUAGAUAAUGCACUACCUCAUAUUAUUUUCAUCACAUUCCACUUCCUCAACCCAUCAUUU